AUGGCCAAUGUCAUGCUACAGCUGUUCGGAAAGGAGGGAAUUCUAGAAAAAGGUGGAUUUUACAGAACCGGAUAUAUUCAUGAAAACGCGACAGCUUCAAUCGUGCUGCUUGAAAGUUUCCAGAACAGAUCAGUUCUCUUACACGAAAUAAUGCAAGCUCACGAAGCGCCGAUUGGUGCAGGUGCACUUGCGUUAGUCGUACAGUUGUUUUUCACGCCGACAGAUUUCCGACGUGUGACCGAUUGGCUCCGAGAAGAUAUACGGUUAGGAUAUAUUAACUAUGAUGAUCCUUGCUCUCCGAUUGUGAAAAUAAAAUUCGUUUGCUGCACCAAGAUUGCAAAUCCAUUUCUCGCACCAAAGUUUGGAACGCUGAGAGUAGAUAUCGAUUAA